ACACUCCGAAAAAACUCCCGCCACAACCCAAAUUUCUUCAUUUGACAUAAGACAGAUUAAGGUUAGAAAAAUUUAAUUUCAAAAAAAUACAGUUAUUACAAAAAAAAUAGACGCUAUAUAAUGGCGUUAGGUUUUUUAUACAACGUCUUCAAAGUGUGAUUUAGAUUUGUCCAUAAAACGGGCCACAGCGAAUUUCAUUGAACAGAUUAAUUUUUUGUGGUUAGGAAAAAUUAACCUCAAAAAAUGUUUUUAAUACAAAGAGUGUUAUUACGAAAAAAAUAUUUCACCUUACAUAAAUGGCAUCAGGUGUUUUAUACAACGUCAAAGUAUGAUUUAGAUUUGUCCAUAAGAGGAGUUUCUCUCCAAAAUUACAUUAAACGUUUAGAAGAAGAAUAUGAAACGCUUUUAAAACUGAACAAUUAUACCGCCAAUAGUCGUUUUCAUCAGUUGCAGCCGCUAAUUAACACAUUAAAUGAACGAAAAGCGGCUGUGGAUAAUAUUCAGAACUUAUCCGAAUUAUUAAAUGAAAAAGACGAUGAAAUUAGAAAGUUAGCAGAGGAAGAAAAAUUAUUUUUUGAAGGCAGGAUCAAGUCAAUUGAUGACAAAUUACUGGACGCAAUUUUGCCCUCAGAUAAGGAAGACCAAUGCAGUUCAAUAGUCUUGGAAGUCAACGCUGGAGUAGGUGGCCAAGAAGCCAUGCUCUUCGCGAAUGAAUUAUUCGAAAUGUAUUGUAAUUUCGCCGAGUAUCAAGGCUGGGAGACUCAAAUCGCUGAUUACUCAACAAUCGACAUGGGGGGAAUCCGACAUGCAAGUGCCAUAAUCACCGGUCCUCAAGCGUUUCAGUUCUACAAACACGAAGCUGGGGUUCACCGCGUCCAGAGAAUCCCUACAACGGAAAAGGCGGGCCGUAUUCACACCAGCACGGUCUCGGUGGUGGCCCUCCCCCAGCCCACAGACAUUGAAGUCACCAUCGACAACAAAGAUUUGAAAAUCGAAACGAAACGGGCGAGUGGGGCUGGAGGGCAACAUGUUAACACGACGGAAAGCGCAGUCAGGGUAACACAUUUGCCCACGGGGCUCAGUGUGGAGUGCCAAGUGGACAGGUCUCAAGUGAAAAAUCGGCAAAUUGCGUUAACCAAGCUACGGGCUUUGAUUUAUCAACGCGAUCUUGAAGACCAAAUUGCGAGAAAUGAAAAUAUGAGGAAGAGUCAAGUUAGAUCCAAUUUUAGGAAUGAAAAAAUUAGGACUUAUAAUUUCCCACAAGAUAGGAUUACCGAUCACAGACUACAGGGUUGUAACGUACAUAACCUCAAAGGUUUUCUCCAAGGGAAUGACGCUUUAGGGAAUUUAAUUAAGAAAUUAGAUCAACAAUAUAAAAUUGAAACUUUGUUAAAUCUUGUAAAUAAUGAAUAAAUAAAAGUUCAAAUUGG